AUGGCCCUAUGCCACGCGCUGCACGGAGCCGUCCCGGACGCGGCGCUGCUGACGAAGUUGAAGAACGUCGUCGAGACCGACGCGAAGACGCCGAUUCUGACCACUUCAUUAUUCAUUCCGGCUCUAUUGAUGUUGCUGAUCAGUUUGCCAAAGCAAAUACGUGAGAAGGUGGCCAUUCUCGAUGGCUACGGCCAUUUCACAAUCGGCCUGCCCAGCUCCAUUGCUGGCGAGUACUACAUCAUGAUCUCGACAGUGUGCCCCAAGAUCGCGAGCUACGGCCCGGCUUAUAACACAGAGAGCUUGUUCAGGGUUGUGAAGAUGUGA